AUCAGACCUACCCCCCGGACUUCCUCUGGACCCCUCCUCUUCUGGCCUGUGGUGGCUUUUGGACCUUGACUCUGGCUCACAGCCUGCGUAAGAACCGACGCGGCUUGCUGCAUUGACUGUACCGCGAGGACACACAGAGCCAAAGACAUUCUUCUCUUCCCAUUUAAACCAACUAAAUAAGGAUUCAUCUUCAAGUAGAGGUUUUGAAAAAGAAGAAGGAUAAAUCAUCAAUGCUGCAAUGGGAUGACACCCAGUGGGCUGGACACUGGAUCGCCUCACCAACGAUUACUAAAUUCAAAGCAUAAAUUGAGAAGUACACACCUUAGGGUUGUUCGGUAGACUUAAGUAAUAACAGAUACUCCUUAUUGUAAACAACUAGGGUGUGUUAAUUGCAGAGUAGUUAGCACCUCCCUUCAAGCAGAUAUAUGGCGGUGACUUUUGUCUAGUUGACAGAAUUCUUUUUGCGACAUAAUGCGAGCUGACUGCUUUAUAACUUCUUAAAAUAAGUCCAAGGAACAACAUAUGUGUAUGGCUAUCUAACUUAUUUAGAUCUAGGCCCACAAUACUAUACUAUUAUAAAAAAUGUAAUCAUUAUCUGAACUAUACAGACUCUAAAACACAUACGAAAAACAAGGACAGCAGUAUUAUUAAAAGUGAGUGUCAAAAAAGAAUAAAUAAUUUCUGGUUUUCAUCAAUAAUACACUUUAUUCAUAAAUAUUCUCUAUUUAGAAGCCUUCAGUCACCAUAUUUCCACUUUUUAUUUGGAUGAUUAAUGUAUUUAAGGAGUACCAAUUUACAAUAGAAAUAAUUAUUUGACUAGUCAGCCACAAAAACAUUAUUAGUUGCGUGCCUAUUUAGAUACCCUGUACUUUUUCAGCCCAAGAUGAGUGGUUCUCAACAGUUGGGGUGUGUCCCUGGCAGGCCCAAAACUGGGUCCAGCAUGAGACUGGCUUUGCACAACUCUGGAGACCACAACGGCAAUGCAUUUCCUAUCUCCUCUUCCUCCUCCUCUUCCUCCUCUGCUUCAUCGUGUUUGGGCGAAUCCUCCCCAGAAUCUCUACGAAGUUUAAGCAGUUUAAACAGCCCCGGGCGGAUAAACAGUCCCUUAGAUUAUGACAUGUUUGAAGUAACUUUAUUGACAACAGUGAUUGAUGACAAAGCUGGUGACAUCGUAGUGACAAAAUGGCCACCAGAAGAAGAGGAAGAGGAAAGUGAUAAAACAGAUUUGGUUUAUGUGGAAAGGGUUCAAACUAUCACCGACCAAUCAGAAUCAAAUGAUAAUUCCGUUUCAGUCUACCUAGAUGCAAACAGCAGCCAAUGUACUCCUGAAAUUUGGAAUGAAAAUAUUACUCUUGCAUUAUCAACAAACAGUGCAACUUCAGAGAGAAAUAGUGAUAAAAGUAGCGAUAAUAUUAGUCGUAAAAGAUCAUUAACACCUGAUUCAACCACAGAAAUACCUGAUGACGAAGAUGACGAUGAAGAAGCCAUGUUUUUGUCAAUUGGUUCAGAUAUGGAAUUGCAAAGAACUAGCUUGACAGCGAUAGUAGCAGCACGGUGGGCUAGCAAAGAAGCUAAGCUAGCUAACAAAGAUGAGCGUGAUAUUGAGGUGAUGAACUUCCAAAAUACUACGGAGACAGUUUCACCGAGGGAGAGAGAAAACAAAAGUAGUGAAGAUUGUACAGCAAGUACCAAAGAUGUGGGAAAACAGAUUAGUGAUGACAAAAUUAAGAUACAAAUGUCGCCCCCUGUCUGUGACAAUGAAGAAAAGUCAAUAGAAGUCCCCAAAAAUGACUUGCAGAAAGCUGGGAAACCAAGAGUGAAUGCGAUUGCAAGACCUAUAGCUUCCAAACCAGAUCAGAAGUCAAGGAAAAAUAGACCUGAAGAAUGUCAAGUCCAAAGUGGGAUCAUGGGCGACCUCCUCUCCAACAAAAACAGCCAAUCAGAACAAAUCUUCUCCAGUCCACAUGAAGCGACCCGCUGCUACCAUAAACCCUGUUGCUAAACUCCAGAGACCUCCCCUCAGUCCGAUGAAAGUGGCCAUUUUAAGACCACUAAAGGGAAAGUCCAGACCGGGCCCAAACCAGAACCCAAGCCCGAACCAGAGAAACCGGUCUACGUCUGUGAGCUCUUUGGGGUCAGAAGAGGCCACUAAUGUGGGAGCCUCUAGGAAAAUACAAGAGAAGGAAGUAACAUGUGAAUCUGUAGAGAGUAAGCAUCCAAACAGAUCUGUGACUGAAGAAACUAAGGGUGAAGAUGCUGCAGCCAAGGAAAAGAAAGUAUCCACCAAAUUGGGAACUACAACUACUUCUACAACUUCUACUAGACCACAAGCAAAAGGAACUAAACUGGGAGUGUGUCAACCUCCAGGACAACAAGGGAGCUCUGGACCGCGUCAAGCCCAGAAUGAUGGCUCAUCGCUGGGGCAAGCUGGACAGAGUCCCCCUAAUGCUGCUUCUGGAUCUCCGACAAAGCAGAGACCAAACCUGGGUAUACCCAAACCUCGCUUUGGUGCAGACCGCUCCUUGGCCACCACUUCCUCGUUCACUUCCAAAUCGUCGACCAAUCAGCAACCUUCGUCUGCACGCCCCGCCACUGUAACUGCGGCAUCCAAACUUCCUGUGAAAGGAUUAUCCACAAGUCUCAGCUCCUCAUCUCUGGGAAGCAACGCUAAUGAAAACAAUGGAGGAAAAUUACCUCCAGCAGCAGGAGCCUCUGAGUCAGAUGAGCGUCCCAACAGAAGUGCGCUUCCUGUGGGCAGCCAGAGCACUGCAAGGCCCCCCGGCUCCAGUGAUGUCAGUAAAGCUUCACCAAUGAGGAACAGAGCUUUGUCUUUGCAGGCCAGACCCCCAAAUACAGGUCUCAAAGCUCCCUCUGUCAGUAACGCCAACUCAACAAAGUCUGGACCUUUGAAUAUAGCAGGCACUAGGACCCCUCCAUCUGCUGCUCAGAGUCCGACCAAGCAGGCCUCCCAGCAUCCUCUGCAACGGAGUGGCUCUGCAAGGCUCAGCCGCGUCAACAGCACAGUGGACAAAAACAAGAGAGAAGUCCAGACCAGAGCCUCGAAUGUGAGCGGAGACAGAGCAGUGCCCAGCCAGAACCAGAGCUCCAGUGAGGGGGGCCCAGAUGCAGUGAACACCCCCUCGGCUUCUCGUGUCCCUUCGGCCGAUACGAUCACCUCCAGCUCUGCCCAGUCUCCAUCUCUCUCCAAACCCAAGACCCCCACUCGCUCCAGCCCCAAAACAACCUCCCGUCUUCAGCCAAGUGCGCCCAGGACCACCCCCUCCUCUGCUCCUGCACCUGCAACGGUGGAGGAUGUGAAACAAUCGAAGGAACAGGCAGAGAAGAAGAGCCAGGCGAUUGUACAGCUCAGGAGGCUUCUGCUGCAGGGGAACAAGAGGGUGGAGGCACUGGCUCUGGUCAUACAGCACCUGUUCAAUGAGCGCGAAGAGACAUUGAAACAGAAGAAGGAGCUCACACAAGAACUGUCCACUCUCCGAGAUGAACUGGUGUCGACAUCUCAGUGCUGUGAUCAGCUGCAGAGGGAGAAGGAGGAGGUGAGACUCGGGCUGGAGGCGGCUCUGGGCAAACUACAGCAGCAGCACAAGGAGGAGCUGGAGCAACUGGAGAACAGGCUGCGCAGCUUCUAUCAGAAUGAAUGGGACAAGGCUCAGCAGAUGUACCAGGAGGAGGCCGACAAGUACAGAGAGCUGAUGGAGAAACAGGUGAAGGAUCUGAGGAAUCGACAGGAAGCUGAGCAAAAGAAACAGGAAGAGAUGCACAACCAAAACAUGGAGUCUCUCAAACAGCAGCAUGAGACCGCUCUACAAGAGCUGAAGGCUGCACAACAGGCAGAAGUGGAAAACCUAGAGAAGACUCUGAAAGAGACUGAAGCUUCUCUCUCUGAGAAAGUGUUACAGUUGACAGCACAGAAGGACGCUUUGACUGAGAAACUGAACGCUGAAGAGGAGAGGAGGAAGAGGAUUCUCAACGACAAGAGCCUGAAGGACUCCCACACGCUGUACUUAGAGCAGGAACUGGAGAGUCUCAAAGUGGUUUUGGAAAUCAAGAACAACCAGCUGCAUCAGAAAGACAAGAAACUCAUGGACAUGGACAAACUGGUGGAGUCCAACAUUAAACUGGAGGAGUGUCUGAAAAAAGUGCAGCAGGAGAAUGAGGAUUACAAAGCAAGAAUGGACCGCCACGCUGCUCUCUCCAAGCAGCUGUCAAGCGAGCAGGCCAUUCUGCAACAGACGUUACAGAAGGAGUCAAAGGUCAACAAGCGCCUGUCUAUGGAGAACGAGGAGUUGCUAUGGAAACUACACAACGGGGACCUGCUCGCCAGUCCACGCCGCCUCUCGCCCACCUCACCGUUUGGCUCUCCAAGAAACUCUGCCGCAUUCACCACAACAGCCCCAUUGUCCCCGAGAUAGCCCCCAAACAGCACCCCCUACAGACACUCAAAGGGACAGUACAGGCUUUUGUACAAUGGAGGAGGUCCCGGAUGAUGUGCUUAUUUCUGAGGGAUAUAAUAAUAAAAGGCAGCAUCUUAUAUAAUCAUUAGACAGUCUAAAAUUCAAUUUGCAAAGUGCUGUGUUGUGUUGGAACUAUAUUAACCAUGAUUCGUUGCUCAGUUUUUCUUCUGAAUUGAAUUUAUCAAAUUGAAUCUGUCAGUAAUUCAAAAAGGCAGAGAUUAAGGGAUUUAGAGAUUAGAUUACUAUUAUAGCUUCAGCCUUCCCACAUCAUUAUAAUAACUAUGAAACUUUAUUUGUUUACUUUAUUUUAUUUAUGAUAUUGUUACAUCCCUUCUUUGUAAGCACUGAAUCCCUGCAUACCACAUUGACAAAAUACUGAGCUUACCCCUUUAAAAUCCCAGUGAAAAAGCUAUCUCCUGCAUUGUGGAUUUGAACGGCUCAAACAAACGUGUACAUUUGGAGUCAUUCGCUUUUAAAGACUUUUAUUUUGAAAGAGACACUGAACUGGCACCAAUGCACUUAAACAGGGGACUGGCCAUGCAUUUUGAACAGUGUCUAUCAAAAUAAAGCCUGAUUUUUCUUCUUUUUACGAAGGAAACUUUAAAAUUCAGACUUCACUCAGGGUUUGUACAUAGCUUCUUGUAGAAACUGUAAUUUUUUUUGUUCUAAUGAAUUUUGUCAUGCUGAGAGAGGACACCAUGAACUUUUAAAGAACUCAAAAAUGUUUGAGUUAAAAAUGGUUACAAGGCGGGUACUACACUGCAAAAUAAAUGAAUAUACAUAUAUUUAAAUGACUUGAAUUCAAAAUAAUUCAAAAUAUUGGUAAGUGCUAUUGAUUAUUUCUUUCAGUAACAGUGAAUCUCCCUAGAGUAAACAAGUAUAGACCAGUCAAAACUACUUAAAUCAAGAUAAUUAUUCUGAAUUCAAGUCUUUUUUUUUUUACUUAUGUAGACUGUCAUUUUGCAGUGUUCUGGAUGGAUUUGCAUGGAACAUUUUUUAACUGCAUUUUUUCCAAAGAGCGUCGCCCAAUCACCGAUCUGCUUUGGACAUCUGCAAGAAAGGAAGGAACUUUUUGGAUUUCAAUAGUUUUAAUCAUAAGUUUUCACUCCGCAAUGUAAAGCAAAGAGACAAACAUUAUGACACAUGUUAAAGCCAGAGUAGUGCAUAAUAGGACCUAUAUCCUAAUGUACAGUGUUGAAUGUACUUAACCUUUGGAUGUUUAACCUGAACAGGCCUUUUAGUGUCAUAUUACAUCAUCAAAACAAUGCAGCCACAUGUCCACUCCACUUUUACCCUUAAAACCUGUACCACAACUGACCCAAAGACUUGAAAUAAACAAAAAUGGACCUGCUGUCUUUCUGUGUACUGCAAUAAGGGAAUUUCUGCAUUUUGGCUGCAUUCACACUACUUGUGGUUUGGUGCUGAUGUAGACUAGGUUGGACCUGGUAUAGCCCUGGUUUAGUCUUAGUUCAGUCCAGAUUUAGUUCCAAUUUUGAUAUAGUGGUUGAACGCAGUCUAAGUAAAAAUCAUCUGACAUUAUUUAACUGGCCUUAGCACAUGUUUGUAUUUUAGCGACUUUAUCUGGCAUUGGAAUGAGAACAUUUGAAAAUGAAAUAAAAAUUUUCAAAUUCAAGUCAGAAGUCCUAUACUACAAUCCCAUUUUUAUUGAUGCUCAAAUAAAUCAAUAAAAUAAGUAAAAUAAUAUUGUGAACUAAAGCAGAUCUUCCCUUUUGCAGUGUUGUUAUAAACAUUAUGAAGCCCAUCCCAUGCCUGAACACUCCGCUCUCUCUUGUACCAAAUGUGUCUGUGUAAAUCUUAAAUGUACCCAAAUGCCUCAUUGUAAAAUAUUUUAUUUUGAACAAGAAUAAACACUA